AUGGAGCUGGCAAGUCUGCCUUUGACAUUCUCGGCUUCAUCAGCGCGGCAGCCCCGUCUUCCCCGGCGGUUCCUGCCGCUUACAGCCUCCGCGAAGCUGCUGCAGGCUCGCUGGAAGGGGGGACAGCUGAAGGCAGGGGGUCGCCGGAUAUUUUUAUACGCCGUGACAGCCGACGCGUCUGCCGUUACGGUUCCGCCUCUCGUACUGUUAUUCCUCGUAUUCUUCUUCCUUCGGCGAAUCCUUGUGGUUUACUCCUGUCUUUGUGCUUGCAGGCGGAGGCGCUGGCGGAGCUGGAGAGGAAGAAACACGAUCUGUUGAGGGCGGUACAGGACACAGGACGGGGCCUCGUAGCCACUGUCGAUCAGCGAUCCACCAUUGAGGAGGCCUUGGUACGGGCCACGGUUGCAUUUACCUCUUCAUUUAAUUCAUUUUAUAUGCGAGAUCACGGGAAACUCUUUGAUUGAUAUUUCUCUUUCCACCCUUCCUUAUCGUCCGCUUGGAACAUCGGAGAUCUGCGUCGAAGGGUACAGCGCUGGCUCGGGGGUGGAUCUGGCGAAACUCGAUGGUACAUGGCGCCUGGUCUACACCUCUGCCUCAGAUGUUCUCAUCCUGUUUGAGGCUGCUGCCAGGCUGCCUUUCCUAGAGGUCCCUUCUUGAUGUCCACCAUUUUCGGGUUGUUAUAUUAUCCCUUUAACAUUGAAUUGCCUGUGACCAUGGUUUAACUCAUUACAGGGAAUGCUGGCGUUUUGUGUAGGUGGGACAGAUCUAUCAGAAAUUCGAAUGCAGGGAUCGAUCAGAUGGAGGUAUAGUUCGUAAUGUUGUACGCUGGAGCAUUUCCAACCUACUGGAGGUGAGUUUCACUCGGAAACUAUGCCCUUUUAACUUUUAUAGACAACCUGCAUGUUGACACAGCAGCUCAAUAUGGAUGACACGAAUUAUGGUUUGUCCAUCCUCCUACCAUUAUUAAGCACGAAUAAAUAGCAGGCUUAUCAGUGUUGAGCGUGAACUCUGUGGUUGUUUAAUCUCCUUAAUGUUAAAGUAAAUACUGACGCACCUACAAAAACGAAUGAGUUUAGAAAAAAAUGAUUUCAGAUACUUAGAAAACAUUAUUUAGACAGAUUUCUCACAAAGUUAUCUGAUCUCUAUUGGUUUUACUUUUCUGUGAAAGCUUUAGCGUAUGAUACUCGAAUCAAGCUCUCCCUGGAAAGUCUAUAUUUAUUGUCGUAUCAGCUAAGAUCAAAUGCAUUGUUUUGUAUCGAUUAUUUUUUCUCUGUUAUCAUAACAUUAAUGAUGGAUGGGCUUCUGCCUAUUAAGUUCUCGGAACAAGUGAUACCUACUUACGAACCGUAUUCUUCUUGCAAAUCCUGAAUCAGCUAUGACUCCCUGUUAAAUUUAAUUUCUUGAAUUUAUGUCAGAAAUAUGCUAGGAGAUUUGAGGCGUGAUUUGAUGAUCUCAACGGGGAUCUUGAAUUCAUACAAAUCGCAGCUCACUCGCAGCUGAUGGGUAUUUUUAGGAAAAAUUAUUCUUAUAAUUUCUGUCAGAAGCUAUUGGAGAGUAAUUAUUUCAUUUUUUAAUCAUCAUAAGGUGAUAUUAAUUAUAUUGAUGCAGAUGCUAAGUUGAAAGAAAGAUAAAAAAAGUGGAGUACUACACUAGUGAAGAGGUGAUUGAUGGACCUUGCAGUAUCGAAACAAAGGGAGCAUGUGCUAUUGAUUCCUAGAAAAUCUUUUUAUAUCAUCUACGAAGUGUACUCAUUGGAAGUCAGCAUCCAAAGAAAAAUAUCCUACUAGGAACUGAUUCUGGCCCACCAAUCUCCCGUCAUCAGACUUUGAUGGACAGCUUCAUUCAGAGAUGUAGGGAUUUCAAAAAUUCCCGUGUUGACCUAAUGCUGGCACCUUCAAUCCUGUGUAUUGUCGUGGAUUUCAAUCUGACUAAGAAUGUUUGACGAGUUUGUGAAGUUCAUCGGCCCAUCAUCAUUUUCUACUCGUAAUAAUGGUUGUCUUUAAGCGUAUUUGCUCUUUUUUUCACUUCACUUCCUAUUAUUUUUCAAUGAUCAUUGACCUCUUCUGGGGGAGAUGAGACCACGGAGUUCUUGAACUGGAUUUCAGACAAAUUGUUGGAACUGGAACAAUCCAGUUUAUGUUUAACCAUAGGUAAUUAGUUGUUUGAUCAGAUUCUAAAUUCCUUUCCCACUGGGAAAUUUGAGGGGGAGAUUCAUCAGUUGAAAAGUUAUAACUACCUCGUUGAUUUGGAUUAGAAAUGAACAAUAUUUUUUCAAUUUGAAAAGUUAUAAACUACCUCGUUGAUUUGGAUUAGAAAUGAACAAUAUUUUUUCAAUUGGAAUUUCCGUGUGGGCAUGACAGAGGAAAGUAAAAACAUGAAAUAAAUGUUCUGCUAUGCCAUAUUUAGUUCGUCCUUAAUACUGCACUUCCAGGCUACCAUCUUGAAUCAUCCUACAGUUUUGAGUGUGGAUUACCGUUCAAGUUUACGAUUUUAAACAGUUUUUGUUUUAACCAUUUAUUAUCUUACCAUGUUCUGUCUAUCCAAUGAAAAUAAUUUUCUUUUCGCAGGAACAGGAAGGUGCAACAUUAUUGGUUUCUGCAAAUUUUUCUCUUCGCUCCAAGCGUAACAUUUUUCUUCAGUUUGAAGAAGUAAGCUUCAUUCAUUGGCAUACAUUCAUGGAGUUGAAAAAUCUCAAUUUUGUUUUCUAAUGUGUGUAAGAGGCUGAUGUAUAUGCAAAAAUUAGACCGAUGGAGGAUCUACUUUUCGAUAUUUGUUCUUUUUAUUGACCUACACCCAUAUUUUAUGCCAGGCAGCCAUUGAAAAUAUACACAUCAGUGAAGAGCUCCAAGCAUUAGUUGCACCAGCCAUACUACCCCGGACAUUUUUAAGUUUGCAGGUGAAUCUUUUGUGUCGUUUUAAUUAAUAUUUUUUCUCUUGGAUUACUGAGAUGAACUUACCUGUUUAGCGGUACUUCUGAAACUUGGACCUAAAGCCUGGUCAGUGCCUGUCAUUCUGAUAACAUUAGGCUACCUCUCUUGCUUCUUGAACUGAGCUCCAUAAGCCAACUGCCAUUUGGGCUGUCGGCCUACUCCCUACAUUUUCGUUUCCUCAAAGUUGCAUGUGCCUGUUAAAAGUUUGAAGAUGAUCAAUAUUUUUGAGAGUGUACAUAUAUGUUGAUAUCGAUAUUGUUGGGUAGGAUCGCUGUUUUAUAGAAGAACUGAUAAAAGGAAGGGCCAUUAUCAUGACCUAACUGUUACAAAUAUGAUCAACUGACGUUUUAUUUCCUGCCCUUUGCAUUACAUUUUUGGAAUAAUCAUCUUUCUAAACUCCUCUUUUCCGUCAGGAUAAAAGAACAGAGAUAUUCGUGCUGUUUUCCAUUUGUCCUUGACAAUAUGAUCAGGGUUCAUAGAAAUGAGAGGAAAAGAAAAGUUAUCGGAAGAAAUGUGCAGCUGGUGCAGAUCUACACAGAUGACGGUAAUAAUUUGAAAGAAUGAAAAAGAUUAAUGAAGGAUGAGCACCUAAGUGGGUGGCACAUGGAUGACAUCAAUAAGAAAAAUGCAUCACUCCAAUCAUUUUACAGCAAAUAUUCCUGUAUAAUAGGCAAAUAGCGGAAAUGUGAUACAGUUUUAGAAGAUUGCAUUCAGUAUAAUGACCAGAGAGAAGCAGUUUUGUGUUUAACAAUUGGAAGAACAAUGAAAGCACUGUUGUGAACAGAUUAGAUCUAGUGUCAAACAUUUAUCCUUGAUCCACGGAUUAGAUAAACAUAUCUGUUGCAAGUCACACCUACCUCAUAGAUUUUUUACUAGAUCAAAGGCUUUAUUUUUUGGCCCAUUAGUUAUGAUUUUGUAUACUAGAGAUGCCGCUAUUAUAUUACUUAAGAAUAUAAUACUCUUUAAUACAGCGAAUCUUUACUCAAUAAUGGUGCCAAUUCCUCACAGAUACUCCAGUUCUUCCGGACAUUCAGAGCUCAAUUUCCCUUGAGAAGCUCAGGCAGGUACAUCCUAGGAGCUUAUCACCAUGCUACCUCUUCCAUUUCGUCUAAGAUUUCGUGUCCUGGGAUAGUGAUCUUGAUCAUUUGCAGCCAAUCUCUGGCGGGGCUGUAUUACCUAUCAUAUUUGGACCGAGAUAUGCUCCUGGGUCGAGCUGUUGGCGGUGGCGGUGUGUUUGUGUUCACCAAAGCUCAGCCGCUUGCAUGA